AUGGUUACCGUCAGGCUGUCCGAGCCGCCUGUCCUGACCGUCAACACGAGCGCCGGCCCCGAUUCACUUCCAAGGAGGAGACCCAGCACAGUUCGAGUCGAAAAAUUACCACAUCCUGUUCAAGAGGUAGAGGAAGCCGAGGUGAAGGACACGCCCGAUACCGACGCCGACGACAGCUUGCCCAGUGACCCAGCUACGCCAUUACCUGACACGACCGCCAAUAAGAAUCUCCAGGACGAGCUCGUGGACUGCGAGGAGGUCGACGAAGUGGAGGAAGACCAGGUGAUUUCGGUACAAGCUCAAGGAAGCCGGGAAGAGCCUCGGCGCCGGACUAUCACCGAGCAGCAGAGACAGGAAACAGGAGAAGUAGCGGAAGAAAAAGAAGAGGAAGACGACGACGAAGAGGUGAAUUGGGACGAAUUGCAGAAAUCAGAAGCAAACGAGCCUAGGGACGCAGACACCGACAGAUCGACAGCCAUGUUGCUUGCAAUGCUGGAGCAGGAAAACGACAAGCUAGCUACGAACCCCAAGAGCAUCAAAGUACAAGCUGUUGAACAAGUCGCCGCUUCCAAUCGCCCCAGACCGCCGUCAAUGGCACAAUUACGACACAUGGUCCACGGACCGACGCCGCCGGCCUUGCGAUACUCGAUGCUCCCGCCGCCACCGAUGACCGACCUCGAGUUCUACGCUGCGCUGGUCAAGGACUACCAACAGACGGCGGCUCGGUUGCCGACUCUCCUCUCGAACAAGAUUCGCAAAGGCAUCCCUCCCCCCCUGCGAGGGGUCGUAUGGCAAAGCAUGUCGGGCGCUCGUGACUCGUCGUUGGAGGAGCAAUACGACCGGUUUAGUGGGGAGUCGAGCCCUUACGAGCCCAUUAUCGGCAAAGACCUCGGCCGGAGCUUUCCUGGCGUCGAUAUGUUCCGCGACCCUGAAGGCGAAGGACAACGCAUGCUCGGCAAGGUGUUGAAAUGCUUCAGUCUCUACGAUACAAAGAUUGGAUACUGCCAGGGGCUGGCAUUUCUGGUUGGUCCGCUGUUGAUGCACAUGCCUGACAAGCAAGCGUUUUGCGUGUUGGUUCGAUUGAUGGAACGAUACGAUUUACGGAGCUGUUUUUUGCCAGACCUGUCAGGACUGCAUGUUCGCAUCCACCAGUUUCGGGAGCUUCUGCGAGAACAUAUGACACCAGUGUCGAACCACCUGGAGGACCUACAAGUCGAUCCAGCGUACGUUUCACAGUGGUUCCUCAGCUUUUUCGCCGUAACGUGCCCCCUGCCAAUGCUGUUUCGCAUCUACGAUGUGAUUUUUGCCGAGGGGGCCCCGGAGACCCUUAUGCGGGUCGCCCUGUCCCUGAUGCAGAAGAACCAAACCCGUAUCCUGGCAUGCACCGAGCUCGAGGAUGUAAUGCAACUCCUCCUUUCGAGAGGGCUCUGGGAUUGUUACCAUUACAACGCAGACGAGUUUGUCCAGGAUUUUGUUAGUUUAUCGGGCGUUGUCACUCGAGAGAAGUUGCUCCAGUUGGAACAGGGGUACCGAGACGCACAGAUCGCUAGCGCAAAUGCGGCGCGUUCCUCCGACGUUACCACUGCAGCCUCCCGCUUCCUCGGCCGCAUUUGGGCUUCCUCCACCAUCAUCUCCCCGAAGUCCUCCUCCACCCUUAGCCCGGGCCUCACCGCUCCGUCACGGCCUCUGAGCAUGUUGCGCAGGACCACCUCGAAGCAGAGCCUGGCCUCCACCCUCAAUUCGAUGGAAGCCAGCUCCGUUAGCGUCCUCAGCUCCGCAUCCACCGAAGCCACCACCGUGUCCCGAGAUUCAUCAAACACCGACGAUAAUUCAUCCAUCCGCGAAUCGACGCCCAUCCCUGGCGGCAAGCCAUUGUACGGCACCGGCGGCAAGAACAAUAAGGAGAAUGCUCUGCACACCCAGAUCGAAGACCUUCUCACCGCCUUAACCGAACUGCAACGAAACCACGCACAGCUCGCGAGCGAACUACAACAAGAAAGGGAACAGCGCGAGGAGGACAAGCAGGCUGUCCGGUCGCUUCUAGACGGCUUGCGCAAGAAGGCCAGCAACGACUCCGUCAGUACCGACGCGAGCGUCGAUACUGUCACAGCAGCCGAUGACUCUGCAGCUGAGGCACGCGAGGGAGGCCAGGGAGACGUGUCCACUCCUCCCAAGACUGACGAGCAGGGUAGCCCUUUGCCAGAGGAUCUAUCGCAGCUCCUCGACGCCGUCGAGGAAAGGUUUGGGCGCCAUGGCAGCGGCGAUCGCAGAAUGUCCCGGGGCGGGUCAACGGCGCAGAUGCAACAGGAAUUGCAGCAGCUCAAGGACCAGCUCGCCAGUGCGAUAUCGCAAUCCCAGGACUACAACCGAAAGAUUCUCGACUUGGACCAGGAGAUAUCCGCCCUGAAGGACCAAGUGCGAGAAUCACACUCGCAUACACGCAUCUUGCACCAGGACAAACAGCGGCUCGAAAAGCAGAUACAUAACAUGAGGGCGCGGGCAUCAGCCGCUGAGGCGGACAGCAACACUCACCAGGGCAGCGAUGGGCUCAUACGGAAGAGCUCCACGAGCGGCGCUAGCGGCUUGAGAGAGCUGAAGCUUAGUAGGAGCAAGUCGACCCCAUCUCAAGCUGGAUCGACCUUUAACAAGCGGUCGUCAUCCCUGCCGAAGCCGCACGACUCGACCCCUCCACCAGCCACCCAGACGCGUCCUCCGCCGCCAACGGACGACCAACACGAGGCGUUGUUGCUGGAGCUCGUCCAGGCCAAGACCGCCGAAGCUAUUGCCAGGCAAGAGGCCGAAGAGACGAAGCAGAAGCUGGAAAGCCUGCGCAAGGCGUAUGGUCUCGCGUCCGCUGAGACACCACCGCCAGCGACAGGAUCGGCCGCGGCGGCGGCCGCCAUGGGCGUCCUCGGUCGCCUCACGGGUGCAGCUACAGAGCCCGCCAAACCCGCGCCGCCGGCGACGAAUACAGCUGCGACCGCGACGACUGCGGCGGGAGGCUUCUGGGGUUGGAGGAGAUAG